AUGCUCCGCCGUCUCGCUGCACCGGCGAUCACUGAUCCUAACGGCUCCGGUAUUCGUGUUCAACUGUUGAAGAAGAUUGCCAAUAAGAAAGAUGCCGGCUUGAAGGCAGCAAUUAGGCAAAAUGCAUUGAAUGACUAUGGCCAACCCGCCAAGCCCCAACAGAUUGAGACUGUUUUUCAUCUGGCACGCGGUCAAAACACCUUCUUACUUGCCGGAACUGGUUUCGGGAAAUCAAGAAUCCCUGAGAUGUACUACAGUCUACUACCAAAAAGCGCAAAUGGGGUGAUAUUAGUUCUAAAUCCUCUAGAUGCGUUAGGUGACAACCAGGUUCUGGAGAAAAAGAAAGCCAACUUCACCGCGAUCAAUCUGACAAAGCUGACCUUCAACAUCGAUGAGGCAAACAACAUCGUAAACGGCGUGUAUAACUUUGUCUAUCUCAGCCCUGAGAUCUUCUUGAACAGCAAACUCUUCGAUCAAGUCUACUUCUGCCCCAAUUUCCAGAAUCGCCUUGCUUUGGUCGUGGUUGACGAGGCACAUGUGAUCCACCAGUGGGGGCUCGUGGAAUCUAGUAGAGGAAAAGAUAAGGUUGCGGCCCGAGGCCGAAUUGAGGAUCUUGCUAUUUUCAGGCCAUACUAUGGGAAGAUCGGAGGUCGUCUGCUUACUCGGAAUAACAAGCCGAUCCUACUGAUGUCUGCAACCUGCAGGCCGGUGGCAAUGGAAGGCAUCAAGAAAAGUCUAAAACUGGAGGAUCACAACCUAGAGAUUGUCCAAGCGGAACUCACCCGACCCGAAUUGCGCAUCAUCCGUGUUCCGAUUACUUCUUCGAUGGCUAAGGGCUUAGAGCUGUCGCGAUACUUCCCAUCGGUUGCCGAUGUGCCCGAUGCUUUUGUGGUACCCACCCUGAUUUAUAGCUCAACUCGAAAUCGGACAUUACAUGUGAUGACCGCUUUGGAUGUUGCUCGGAAGACACCUGGGAGCUCGUUGAGACCCAAUUCGACUUUUGUCCGCCGUUUUCAUUCGUGCACUGGGGAGAAGGACAAGAUUAAACUGAUUGAAGAUUUCGGAAAUGGAGAGUUGCCUGUCAUCUCUUGUACAAUGGCGUUGGGGAUGGGCCAAAACUGGUCCAGAGUGCGAUGUGUGAUUCAAAUGGGGCGGGCUGAGCCUUCGGCGAUCUGCCAGAUGAUUGGGAGAGCCGGACGAGAUGGAAGAGCGGGCCUGGCUAUCAUCUUUGUGGAGAAGACCCGGAAAAAUGGGAAGAACAAGGUCGCCGCUUUUACUAAACCUGACAGUCAGGGGGAUACCGAUCGAAUGGACGCUUUGGCAGUGACACCGGUUUGUCUGAGGAUUGCGUUUGCGGUGGACAAUGCACUUGGAUACAUUCCAUUGUCAGUUGAUGACCCAUCUUACAAGAUCGAGAAGGCACGGGAAGAAGCCGAGCAAUUUGUGAAAUGCAAAUGCUCUAAUUGCAUGCCACAGGCGGCGGAGGGAUUAAUGAAGAACUUCAGCCAAAUGACAACCAAUAACAUGGAUACUUUCAUGGACAAGGAUUGGUCUGAUAAUGUACAAGAGAAAAGAAGCAACAAGAGAAAAGGCCAUCCCAACCCCUCAGAGGACAUCGAUCGUUUGAAGCGAGUGAAGCUGACCGAUGACCUUGCGACCAUCUUGAAGGCACGCCUUCGAACCAAUUUCGAUGAAUUCUUUGAUAGUACAGUGAAGAAUAAGUCGUUGUUUGGGCCUGAAGAUCUGUUUGGGGACCUAGAGAUAGCCUCUAUUGUUGAAGGAUUUGAUUCAAUUGAAUCAGAGGCGGCCUUGAGGAAAAUGAUUGGGGGACAGAUGAUUGCGGGCCAGAUUUCACUCCUCCAUCGGACGAUUCAGAUAUUUAGAGAGGGGCCGUUAGCCAAAGAAAGAAGUGAUGAGGUCGAGCGGGUGGAACUAGAAGCCGCGAGGACUUUGGAAAAAGAGUUAGAGGCGGCUGAGGUCCAAGCAAGAGAAGAGGCAGCGGCAAUACGGGAAAAGGAGAUUGAAGACGAAAGGAGACGUAUGGAAAUCGAGAGGUGCAAGGCGAAGAGGCAGGCAGAGGAUUUAUGGAAAGAGGAGCAGGCAAAGCAUUUGGCUAUGCUUGUCCGGCUGGCUGGUGAGGAUGCGGAGAGGAGAGGUGUAGCGAGCAUUCAUCGUGGGCGGUAG